AACAAAACGAGGCCAAAUGAAGGAGAAUUUAAUAAUUGAUCUUGAUACCUGAACAAAAUCAAGUAUGGCUGCCCAAGCCAGAUCCUAUGAAAAAAGUAUCUCCUAUUCAUCACGGCAGGUUGAUGACAAGUACAUUCCUAAAAAUCACCGUCACUCAAAUCAUCAGCCAUCAAGCCGUGAUUCAUCACCUUACAGAAAUAAGUUAAACCAUCAUUCUUCACCUAACGGUAGAAAACGUCCAUAUGAUUCGCCAUCAUCUGUUUCCUCUAAACAUUCAAACUCACCUUACGAAGUCUCACGAAAGAAAGAUAGAGGAAUGAACAAUCCUGUCAAAUCUUCCAACACUCAACAAAUUGACAGUGAUUGGUCACAACAUGUUAGUUCUUCUGGUAAAGUAUAUUACUAUAAUAGGCGAACAGAAGAAUCACAGUGGGAAGUACCAAAAGACUGGAUAGAUAGACAAAAGGAAACGAAGAAUAUUCAACGAAAUAACCAUUUUUCAAGAGACACACGAACCAGUAAUAGUAAUAAUAAAAACUUUUCUCAAAACGAUAAAAUAAAUAAAGACACACGAGAUAACAGAAGUUAUAAAUUACCUCCCGAUAAGAAUUUUGCAAGGGAUUACAAAGAUAAUAGAAAUAAUAGAGACAAAGUUGAAAGCUGGAAUAAUCGAGAUCGUGAGAGAGAUAGGGAUUCGAGAAACAGUCGAGAUUUAAAAGACUAUUUUGAUGGUAAAUAUAAAUCAAGUUCAGGUUCUUCUUCACAAAGAGAUACAAAAUACAAUUCACUGAGUGUUAAAACUCAUGGACAGUCUACUCCUUUAUCUUCUUCCACUUCUCUGAAUCGCUCGUAUCGUGGCACUCCAGACCAAAUUAAUGGUGUUUAUGAUGUUCUCCAAGACAUUUCACCGCCUGGCACUCCCACAAACGAUGAUGUCAUAAACAUUUCCAAUAUAUCACCUGCUCCAGUGUACACGCCGCAUGGUUGUUCGCCUCUGCUAAACUCCUCAAAUUCAAUCAUGCCGCUACCCACCACUCCUUGCACACCAUUGUUGUCACCUGUUGUUUUAAAUGCAGCUGUCGUGGGGCAACUCCCUGCACCAUUUCUUCAUCCGUUGCAACAAGCGUUAUUGCUGCAGCAACAGCAAAUUCCAGUGAAUAAGGAUAUGUAUGGCUCUCCAAAAUUACCAACUGUGAAAAAUCAUUUUGCUGAUACAGGUUCUGCUUCUUCAUCACCACGUCUUUCUUCUUCUUUUCACCAAAAGUCGUCACCUCUACAUUCAUCACGUAGCAACAGUAGCUCUACGCCUCCGCCUCCACCGCCGCCACCGAAAGUUCAACAUUUGGAAUCCAGAGAGGGCGGGAGAAAUAAACUCGAUCGAUAUCAUCGAAACAACUCUAGCUUUGAUGCUAGAUCCGAGCACCACUCGCCGCGGAAUGAUCUUCAAAAUAGAUCGAAAUCUUUUGACUGUCGCAGUGAUGACACUUCUUUGAAACCAAAAUCCAGUGAGACGAGAUACAACUCGGAAAGAAGUCUGAAAAAGCAACAACAGAAAAAAGACAACGAGCUGACGUUUCCGGAAUUACCAAGUGUCGAUCAUCAUUUUGUGAACUACACACAUUUUCUUGGUGAUUUUGCUUCUGCAUUUUCGGGUAGUGUGGUUGAAAAACAGGUGUCAGCUGUUUGGGACGAAACAAUGGGUUAUCUUCACGCUGACGGCUGCCAAACCAAACACAGACUCUUUAUGGCAAGAAAUGAUAGCGAUCUUCAAGAGUUGAAGUUUGAUGUCUCAUCUAACUGGAAUGGAGCGUUAAACACAGUACUUGUUAAAGUGGAGAGUUUGCAAGAUUCCAGUAUGACGUCAUCAGAGUCUCGCUCUCGAGAUCACAAACCAACGCCAAUGCCUCGCAAACAAAAAUACGACACAAGCAUUGACGCAAAUGGAAUCGAGAACGAAAAUAAAUCGAAUUCGUCGGUAAAUCCAGAGCGUCAUGAAGAAUUGGUCGACGACAAGUUACCGAAUGUGAAUGACUCCAGAACGAUUAGGUGACAAAAAAAUUGUCUGUUCUUUCGUCUGGUAGAUUGUUUAAAAAAUGUUGUUUAUUUUUUGAUACGUUUUUUCUUGUUGUAACUUAUCUGAUCUUGUUCUUUCUCAUCGGAUUUUUGGUUUACUUUUUCUGACGCGAGCAAACGAAUAUUCUUAAUUUUAUUCAAGAACUGUGCCUUGGUUUUCUUAUCAGGAAUGAGACGAAUUUUUUUAUGAAUGCUUAGCUGUUUGUUGACUGUUUUGUAAGAAGCCUGUACAUACGAGUAACAUUUAUUCUGUUCAAUGAAAUAAAUCAAUCAAAGGAAAUGUAUGCA